AAGGCAUUACCAAACCGCUCCACAGUGUGCCUAAAAAUUUGUAGUUGGCGGCUAUUUAGCAUUGCUUCUGUUUUCUCAUCAACAAGAUUUCGAAGUAAUAAUAAUAAUAAUCAUCGCAAUUCUUGUCAAAGAUGAUGACCAAUUCCUCAGUUCGUUGCGCCUCGCCUUUGCAUCAUCAGUCGCUGCCAUCUCGCUUUGCGCUCGCCUUCUUCAAUCGCUCCUUAUUGACGAAAUCUGUUUUCUUUGGCGCAACACCGAGCCCAAGACUCGUCUCGGUGCGGUCUCAGACACCCGGUUCGGAUCAUGGGUCGGGGUCGCAGAGAUCGGUUGGCUUCUCAGAGUCUACUCCCUCAGCUGGGAUUGCGAACUCUUCCUCGGUGAUUGAUUUUCUUACAUUGUGCAGACGGCUUAAGACGACAAAAAGGAAAGGAUGGGUCAAUCAUGGCAUAAGGGGUGCUGAAUCAAUUGCUGACCACAUGUACCGCAUGGCUAUAAUGGCUUUGAUUGCUGCUGACCUGCCUGGAUUGAACAGAGAAAGAUGUAUUAAAAUAGCGCUAGUGCAUGAUAUUGCUGAAGCUAUUGUUGGAGAUAUAACACCAUCUGAUGGUGUGCCCAAAGAAGAAAAGAGCAGAAGGGAGCAGGCAGCUUUGAACGAAAUGUGUGAAAUUCUUGGCGGAGGGAUGAGAGCUGAAGAGAUUAAAGAACUUUGGGCGGAGUAUGAAAACAACUCCUCUUUAGAGGCCAAUCUUGUUAAAGAUUUUGACAAGGUUGAAAUGAUUCUGCAAGCAUUGGAAUAUGAAAUGGAACAUGGGAAGGUGCUGGAUGAAUUUUUCAUUUCAACAGCAGGGAAAUUUCAGACCCAAAUAGGAAAAAGUUGGGCAGCUGAGAUCAUUUUGAGAAGAAAAUCUUUAUCAGCACAAAGGUUGAGGCGAUAAUUUAGCUGAAAAGGCAAGCCUUGCUUCUUUAGGUUAGUUUUGUAGUUUUGACUAGAUCCUUCUUCAUUUGAUUUCUUUUGGAUUUGACCCUGUUUCUAAUAAAUUAGAUCUACCCGUUUUUUAACUUCUUUGCAUCUAAUGCCGUGUAAAUUAUUAACAGUCUCAGAAAUGUUUUUUGAAAUGCCUUGGUGCUUUGUCUUCUAAGGAACAAAAUUGUGGAUAUUGCAAUCAUAUGCUUUCAAUUGAUUCUUAAACGGAGGUAGUAUUAAAUAAACAUCCAUUUUGGCA